CAUGGUGUGCGGGGUAGGCGCUUGGUGUAUGUUUGCAGCGAUGGAUGGCCAUUAGGAUAAACGCGAUCGGUUUCGUUUCAUAGAGUAAUUUAUUAAGAAGUUGCAUUUCGAUUGUUUCCACAAAAGCCGUCCGCAAAUCGGAUCCGCAUUUCCGCGACCAGCGACAAGGACAUGCUUCCGGAACCUGGCGUCUUCCAUUUUCCCUGGGAAAUCAGUUCGGUCCAAGAAGGAGCUGCAGUGAGAACAUAUGGCAGAUUGCUGUCCUACCAGCCUGAAGUUUCUGAGGCCGUCUUGUCCUCACAGCACUUAUCAGUCCAAUAUGACAUUACUGUCCAUACGGCCUUUGUGGAGCCUUUCCUGCCCUCACUACACUCCCACUACAUAGUGUUGGGGGAUGUUGAGAGGACAGAGGGGGAUGGCGUGAUGGUGCGUGCACGUGUGCUGAACUGCGUGGAUGGUAUAAACCUCGCCCUGCUGCAGCAGGCCAUCGUGGAGCAGAGGCGCUACCUUCAGGAGAGAGAUGGUGAAGCUCCUGUGCAGCCGACUGCGCAGUGACGAUCCACAAUAGGUGGCUUCCUCUAUAAGCGAAAAGUGACUUGGAGCCAGUUUUCGCUGGAGAAGCAUCAAGGCAACGAAAAGGUUCUUAUAGUAUUAAAGUAAGAAUAAUAUGGUUGCCGAUUUUGGGUGUAAAACAUUUUUAUUUAUUUUUUUAGAUAAGUUUCUUUGAAUGUUGAAUGACCUCUUUUUUUAUUGAUAAUCAAAUUUCUUUCCCACUGUUUUGAAAGCUGGUUUGGAUAAGUUAUAAUUCAGUUAUUUAAUUGAUUUUGAGUGGACUUAGUGAACAUAAAAAAGUUGUUUUUGUGCAUGAAACUUGCUGUAUAUUACAUGCACAACUGCAUUGUCAUCAUGAAUAAAAAUUUUUAUCUUAUCUUCAUAA